UAGGGUUUUCUUCCCGCCGAAACCUCACCGGAAAUUGUCUCCGGCGUCUCCCAAUUCCUCUUCCGGAUAAUGGAUACAUCAAGUCCUGCUGCUUUUGUUAAUGGAGCUUUGUUGAGACGGUACAUUGGUCAGAAAGUGAGAGCUGUGAUUCAAGUUAUCAGGUCAGAUAUUGGAUCAGUGAUUGGUAAAUCAACUGAUGAUCAACAGAUUGUUGUUAAAGGUUCGCCUAAUCCGCCUCUAACUACUUACAUUGAGGUAAUUGGAAUUGCUGAGACUGAGAACACCAUUCGAGCUGAAGUUUGGACCAACUUUGGUGAUAGUUUUGAUGUGCAAAACUACAAUGAACUAUGUAAGCUCGCAAAUGAUAGAAGAGAAGUUAUGACUGAAUUGCAAAUGGAGGUAGAGGUAGAGGAGACCAAUUCUUCUUCGCAGGAGUCUCUCCUGAAGCCUACCCCGAAGCCGCAAGUCAUGUAUAGAUGUAAGAAAUGUAGAAGGAUAGUCGCUAUUGAGGAAAACAUUGUACCGCAUGAACCGGGGAAGGGUGAAGAAUGCUUUGCUUGGAAAAAGAGGAGUGGUAACUCUGAACAAGUGCAAUGCUCUUCGAUCUUUGUCGAGCCUAUGAAAUGGAUGCAGACAAUACAUGAUGGAUUAGUGGAAGAGAAGCUUCUUUGUUUUGGAUGUAACGGUCGGUUAGGUUAUUUCAACUGGGCUGGGAUGCAAUGUAGCUGCGGCGCAUGGGUUAAUCCGGCUUUCCAGCUUAAUAAAAGCCGAAUAGACGAGUGUAAAUCCGAGCCAAACUCGAACCUGAAUAUGGAAACUGGAUGAAAAAGGAGAAGAUGUAAACUCUUGGAUAACUAAAGAUUGAUAAUAAGAUCAAAGUAAGCCU